GAUUGGUCUAUAAAGAAGUACAUACUUGUUUAGGGUGAAUCCGAAUUCAUGCUAUUUCCUGUCAAUCCAGCUGUCACUAGUCACUGGUGUCACUUUCAAAUGUCGAAUGCCAUUAACAUUAAGGUAUAUUUAUAUUUAUUUUCAAUUAAUUUCUCAAUUUCAAUAUUUUUUCGAAAAGAAAUGUCCACUUUAGCAAGAAUAUUCCAGAAGUUAUCUCUCGUAGACUUAUCUGCUUCAGCUGGCACUCCAAAAGUUUUAGGUAGUGUGAGAUAUAAGGCCAGGCAUGUGGAAAAACCACAAAUCGGCCAUGGAAUUGCCUUUCGCAGGAUUGUUCAUUUCCCAGAAAACUACACCGUCCAGCCCUUGAAUGUAACAAAUCUGGGAGGAAGAGACCCUAAAACUGGGAGGAUGGUCGUCAAGGGUAUAGGAGGCGGUAUAAAACAUAAAUACCACUGGAUACAUUGGAAACGGGAAGGGCCCAAGGAAGAGGGAAAAGUGCAACUUGAACGAGUAAUUAAAGUUAUGAAAGAUGGUUGUAGGACAGCGCAUAUAGCAUUAGUAGCCCAUGGGAAUACCUUGAAGUAUAUCCUUGCUACAGUCAAUAUGAAACCAGGAGACCUUAUUAGAACCUCAUGUUUUAUCCCUCGAAUUCCAGUGAGGCCGAACGAGGGCGACGCCUACCCGCUGGGCGCCCUGCCCAUCGGCACGCAGGUGCACUGCGUGGAGAAGUACCCCGGCGUGGGCGGCAUGCUGAUACACGCGGCCGGCGCGUACGCCACCAUCGUGCGCAAGGCGCCCAACGAUCACGUGGUGGUGGCGAUGCCGUCGAAGCGCGAGUUCAGUCUGCCGGCGGUGUGCAUGUGCACGGUGGGCAGGCUGAGCAACGUGGAGCACUCGAGCACGCCCAUCGGGAGCGCUCAGAGGAACAGGGAGCUGGGCAACAGACCGCGCUCCGGGUUGUGGAAACGGAAGACUGGCAUCCAUGGGAGGAAGUUGCGCAGACCGCCACCUUGCAAGACGAUCGUGUCUCAAUUAAAGCAGGACGACGACACGAUCGUGCUCACUUGUCACAGGCCGUUCGUGAAGACGAUGAGAAACCAGUUCCAUUACUGA